AGACAUUGUUUGUCUGCUUUCGAUAAGUCGUCUCUUUUAACUUUCUUCUCCAUAGAUCUGUUAUAGCUCACCGGAUGGUUUUUUCUUCACUAAAGUGUAUUGUGCUUGGGAAGCUUGUUUUGACCUCCGGUCUCUUAAACAGCUCAUGGAGUAAGAUCUCGGAGAUUCACAAAUCAAGCUCUCAGAACAAAGAUUCAGCUCGAGGAUUCAAGAUUUACCAAGAAGCCAAAUUCACAUUUGUGGUCUUCUCUGCGCCACCGAUUAGCAGCAAUGGAUCUUAUACUUAUGCUUUCACUCCUGUUCCUGGUCCUGAGCGAGCUCCUAAUCCGUUUCACUUCCUCUGUUCCGAGACGACCCCCUCAUUCACUCUUUAUACACCUGCUUUUGAGCUUUUUAAUAAAUAUCUCCCUGAUCUCAAAUCAGAGUUUCUGAAAUCAGAGAAACCGGUGAUCAUCACCGGAGCUGGGUUAGGAGGAUCCGUCGCAUCUCUCUUCACGCUAUGGAUUCUACAAACAGUCGACUUAAGACUACCACGUCCCUUGUGCAUCACGUUUGGCUCGCCUUUCGUUGGAGACGCUAGGCUGCAACAGACUCUAGAGAACUCCGUGAGCAAUUCAUGUUUCCUUCACGUGGCUGAUGCUGAACGAACGCCCAUCACAGAGGGUUUCAAGCCUUUUGGAACGUACUUGAUCUGUAAUGAAAUCGGAUGUGUUUGCAUCGAGGACCCUGAGGCGGUCAUGAAGUUGCUAAAGGGUGUUAACUCGGAUCUAGUAGAAGACUACGGCGUAAUUCUACAUCGUCUGAACCAGUCGGUGUUAUCUAUGGUGGAUUCAGGAUUGAUGAGUGAUGAUCUCAUAGAACGAAUGAAGGAACGUGCAGACAAGAAAGUGCGUUUUGACCCUUUUAAGAAACUAAACGACAUGAAUAUAUCGAUGGCUAAGAUGGUGUGGUACAUAAAGGAAAGCAGGAACAUCAAGAUCGGUUACUACGAUCGGUAUCGGCUCCAGAUUCCAACGGUAGGCAAUAUAAAGGUUGAGGCGUUUAAGAAAGAGCUAAACGGUUUCUGGACAUCGGUGGUUGAAGAUGCAAAGAAGAAGCCUCAGAGCGAUAUAUCAAUUCUCAAGAGACGGUUUCUAUCCGGGAACAUUUACAGAAGAAUGAUUGAACCGCUCGAUAUUGCUGAAUAUUACCGCAACGGUGAGAAAGAGUAUCGAACCAAGGGAAGGUCUCGCCACUAUGUUAUGCUCGAGAAAUGGUUUAGAAAUGCAUGGAUAGAACCUUUUAGAUGCGAGAAUAGAGAUCUGAGUGAUCUUUUAACGUUUGAUUCUUGCUUCUGGGCUGAAGUUGAGGAAGCGUUGGUCGUAAUCAAUGAGAUGAAAACACACGAGGGGAUGACUGACGAGGUAUCCAUCGGAAAACUCGUGAGGUUUGAGGAAUACGUGUGGGAGAUGAUCGGAAAACGUGAGGUUUCGCCGGAGAUAUUUCUUGAGAAAAGCAGUUUCAUGAGGUGGUGGAAAGAGUACAGAGAGAUCAAAGGAAGAGAUGGGUUUAAUUCACCUUCACCUUUCAUAGACUUUAUGAACACGGGGAUGUACCAGAGUUAUGGUUUGCCCUUGAAGAACCAGAUUAGUGGUUCGGCAACAGGACUGAAUACCUUCGUUGACGAGGAGGACGAGGAGGAGAGCCAGAAGGUAGUUCUUUUGAAACUUAAUCUACGUAAUGAUGAGGAAAAAACUAAGGCCCUUAGCAUAAUUGCUAAGAUCUCAGGAGUCUCUUCUGCUGACUGGAAUGGGUACGAGAGGAUUAGUGUGACUGUAUAUGGGAAGAUGGAUCCAGUAGUGAUAGUGGAAGAGCUGAGAAAAGACUGGAUGGCAGAGAUUAUUAGUGUUGGGCCCAGUAAGAAGGUCAACCCAAAGAAAGAAAGCAGCAAAGAGCAAUCGGAGAAACAAGUUGAAAUGAGUAUUAAAACCAAAGAAAUCAAGGAGGAAAAGAGAGUUUUGUCAGGUGACUCAGGUUCAAGGUGCUUCAUUGCAACCCUUACAGCCACAGCUCUCAACAUGAGGAAUCCGAGCGAUGACUGGUCUUCCUUCUGCGAGUUCCUUGACACCCACCAGCCUCCGUUGAAUCUCUCUGAGUGCAAAGCCGAUGACGUCAUUGAUUUUCUACGCAUGCAGCAGGCUUCAGGCGACGUUGAGGCCAUUGUUGACCACCUCAGUACCAAGUGUAUAAAACUGAAGGAAAAUCCUUUCCGCAGCCUAGCUGUAACACGAUACGUGGAAGGGGUGACUCGGGAAUCACGAUGCAUAUUAGUCUUUUUCUGCAACGACAGCCAUGAUGUGGACGACUCGCAUUUCAUGAAAACCAUCUUGAAAGAGUUGCGCGAGCGCGAGGUCACACCUUUGACGUAUAAUAUAUCGAGGAGAGAGAACUUGGACACAGAGUUACUUGACAGAUCUAGAGUUGGUAUUCUGGUGCUUUCAAAUAACUACGCUUGUUCCAGUGAGUCCCUAGAUCAUCUGGUGGCAAUCAUGGAACAUUGGAAAGCAAAUCCUGUAUAUUUUAGAGUCACACUUUCAAACAUAGAGUUGGAAGACCCGUUUGAAGCAGUACAGCUGCAGUGUCUGAAUCCUAUCCAGGCAGACAGAGUUCAGAAUUGGAAGGAGGCUAUGGCUGAACCUAGUCCCUCUGGAUUUGGUCGCCACCAUCGUCCCUCCAGUGAUGCUACUUUGUUCUCCAGUUCUCUACCUGUUCUUCCCCAUGGAAAACUGCAAUUGGGUGACAACAUAGAUGGUUUCCCAUUGAUAGAUGAUGCGGCUGCUCGUCCGAACAAGUUCCACGAAAGCCUUGAUGAUAUUGAAUCUCAUUCCAUUGGAAACCUGCUCCCUGAUGAAGAGGAUAUUUUGACAGGGAUGAUGGAUGAUCUUGUCUUUACCGAGCUACCAGAUGCUGAUGAUUAUGAUCUUUUUGGUAGCGGAGGAGGAAUGGAACUUGACACUGAUUUCCGAGACGGCUUGAGCAUGAGUGGUCCUCCAAGAUUAUCCAUUUCAAGUCUUGGUGGAAAUGCAGUUCCGCAAUUCAAUAUUCAAAAAGGUGCGCGAACAGUUGCUGGUGAGCAUCCUUCCGGUGAACAUCCCUCGAGAACAUUGUUUGUCCGGAAUAUUAACAGCAAUGUAGAGGACUCUGAACUCAAAGCCCUCUUUGAGCAAUACGGUGACAUUAGAACACUCUAUACUGCUUGUAAGCGUAGGGGGUUUGUGAUAAUAUCUUAUUAUGACAUUCGUGCUGCUCGAAUGGCUAUGCGGUCUCUACAGAAUAAGCCACUAAGACGGAGGAAAUUGGAUAUUCAUUUCUCAAUUCCCAAGGAUAAUCCAUCUGAGAAGGAUAUGAAUCAGGGGACUUUAGUGGUUUUUAACCUGGAUCCUUCAGUUUCUGACGACGACUUGCACGGAUUUUUUGGUGCUCAUGGAGAGAUCAAAGAGAUAAGGGAAACACCGCAUAAAAGGCAUCACAAAUUCGUUGAGUUUUAUGAUGUUCGAGCUGCUGAAGCAGCAUUAAAGGCUUUAAAUAGGACUCAGGUUAUGCUUGCCGAGGAAGUUGUAAGAAACGCAUGUUUAAGGCUAGAUUUGAAAAAAUGCAAGAAUCUGGCCAAAAUCUUAGCAUAUUUAAAGAACUCCCAACCUUCAGGCGCUGAUAUUGUGGGACUCUGGGGUAUGGCAGGAAUAGGUAAGACAUCCAUUGCUAGAGAAAUUUAUGGAGUUCUAGCUCCGGAAUAUGAUGUGUGUUACUUCCUGGAAGACUUUUAUCUAACGCGUGAAAAGAAAGGGCUGAGAAAAAUGCGUGAUGAUUUCUUCUCUAAAGUAUUUGGGAAAGAAAAAUCAAGUAUAAGCGCUUGUGAUAUAAGACCGAGUUUCAUGAGCGACUGGUCCCACAGUAAAAAGAUUCUUGUUGUUCUCGAUGGCGUGAACUAUGCCAGUGAUGCAGAAGCUGUAGUUGGAGGGUUUGGUUGGCUUUCUCAGGGACAUAGAAUUAUUUUCACAUCUAGGCGAAAACAAGUUCUUGUACAGUGUAUGGUUAAAGAGCCGUACGAGAUUCAAAGAUUAUGCGAGCUUGAAUCUUUUCGCCUCUGCAAACUGUAUUUGAAUGACGAACUUGAGGUCAUCUCAGAGCUAAUGAGCUGCAGUAGUAGUAUUCCAUUGUUUCUCGAAGUUUUGGGUUCCGAUGUAGCAAAACUGCAUAGAAACGAUAUGAAGGAACGUCUCCAACUGUUGCGGAGAGAUCCUCCAACUCCGAUUCGGGAAGUGUUUAAAAGAAGCUUUGAUGGACUAGAUGAAAACGAAAAGAACAUAUUUUUGGACCUUGCAUGUUUUUUCGGAGGUGAGAGCAAAGAUCAUGUGGUGCAAUUACUUGAUGGUUGCGGGUUUCUUACAUAUUUGGGAAUCUGUGAUCUCAUUGACGAGUCUCUCAUAAGCAUUCUGGACAAUAAGAUAGAGAUCCCUAUUCCUUUUCAAGACAUGGGGCGAUUUAUUGUUCACAAAGAAGACUCGGGGAAUCCAUGCAAACGUAGCAGAUUGUGGGACUCGAAGGACAUCAUUGAUGUAUUUACAAAAAAUUCAGGAACAGAAGAAAUUGAAGGAAUCUUCCUGGAUGCGUCUGACUUGACCUGUAAGUUGAGUUCUAAUGUGUUUGGUAAGAUGGAUAGCCUUAGAUUGCUGAAGCUCUGUUGUUCCACCUCUGAGAAUGAGUGCAAGCUAACUCUACUUGACGGCCUCGAUACUUUGCCUGAUGAGCUAAGGCUACUUCACUGGGAGCAUUACCCUCUGGACUACUUGCCUCAGACAUUUAAUCCGGAGAACCUUGUAGAGAUAAACAUGCCUUAUAGCGACAUGGAGAAGCUAUGGGAAGGGAAGAAAAAUCUCGAGAAGCUAAAGAUAAUCAAGCUGAGUCACUCCAGAAAAUUAACUGAUAUUCUGAUGUUAUCAGAAGCCCUGAACCUUGAACAUAUUGAUCUCGAAGGAUGUACGAGUCUGGUCGACAUUAGCACAUCUAUUCCGGGUUGUGGGAAGCUUGUUUCUUUGAAUAUGAAAGACUGUUCUGAUUUGCGAACUUUGCCUCGCAUGGUUGAUUUGACAUCUCUCAAGCUUCUUAACUUGUCUGGCUGCACAGAGCUCGAGGAGAUUCAGGACUUUGCACCAAACCUGGAAGAGUUAUAUCUAGCUGGGACUGCCAUAAGGGAGCUUCCAUUGUCAGUAGAGAAUCUCACUGAACUUGUUACGCUAGAUCUGAAAAACUGCAGAAGACUUCAGCACCUGCCAAUCGGGAUAAGAAGCUCGAGAUCUAUUGUCGAGCUGUCUGGCUGCACAAGUCUUGAGAGCCUCCCAAAACUUGAGGCCGUAGAUUAUGGAACCUCUUAGUUUGAUGAUAAACAUCCAUCAUCCAUCAAUUCAAGGAGUCAGCCAACCACUGGUCACAUACAUUGAGAUUUGUCUCUGAACCUGGUGCAGUACGUCUACAGAUGGAAUUAUCCAGGAUAACCUGAAGAAACGCGGAAAUUCUGCUUCGCACUUCUUGCUCGACCAAGGAGUUCAUUACCAUGCCAUAUUGUGUACGGAUCACGUACUUUCAUUUAAUCUUGUUAUAUUUCAAUUUUCACUAAGAUUGGUAGGCCCAAUUGAUUAAUUCUACUGGCACUUUCUCUAGUUUAUAGAUCAUUUGCUCUUCUGCAUCC